AUGCCUUUCUCCAGAGAUGGUGAUAUUGAUAUUGGAGCAGUUCUUGGACUUCAUUUAAAUUAUAUCCCUGUAGAAGAAACAUUCACAGAAAUGCCAGUGGAAACACAGUGUAAAAUGUUUCGCAUUAGAGCUUACCGCUUUGUGAGAGUUAUCAUAUUUGCCCUGGACGACAUCAAUAGGAAUUACAAAUGGCUGCCUAACAUCACGCUGGGAUUCCGGAUUUAUGAUGGCUGUUUUGCAACAAGAAGAGCAAUGGGAAGCACGAUGCAGCUGCUGUCAGGAAAUCAUCGGUCAGUCCCUAACUACAACUGCCAGUCACGUUUUACUUUACCUGCAAUCAUUGGUGAUGAGGCAACAAUUUCUGCUGAGCCCAUGGCUCUGGUCUUAGGAAUCUACAGGUUUCCACAGGUCAGUUAUGCUGUGAACUACAAUCUUCUCAGUGACAAACAGCAGUUUCCUUCAUUUUUGCGAACAGUUCCCAAAGAAGAAUUCCAUACUUUGGCCAUAUCAAGACUAUUAGUUCAUUUUGGCUGGCGCUGGGUUGGGAUAAUUGGGUCAGAUAAUAUUUAUUUUCAACAGCCAAAUGAGUGGUUGAAGUCUGAGAUUUUUAAGACUGGCGGCUGUAUAAAUAUGUUUGAACUUGUCCCAGCAAAUAACUACGGAGAAAGAAUCAAAAGGAUUGUUGAAAUGAUAAAGCAUUCAUCUGCUAAAGCGAUUGUAAUUUAUACUCGAUUAGUCCAUGCCAUUCCUUUAAUGGAAGAGGUGUCUGUGCAAAAUGUCACUGGAAAAGUCUGGGUAGGUGGAAGCAGCUGGUUUAUGUCACCAGAUGUGCCCAAAACUAUUAAAGGUCCAUUAAAUGGCAGCAUAGGAUUUAUGCUCCAAAAAGGCAAAAUACCUGACUUCAAAGAAUUUCUGUACAGUUUUCAUCCCUCAAAAUCUCCUGAUGACAUAUUUAUAAAACUUUUCUGGGAAACGGCAUUUGACUGCAAGUGGGUCAGUUCAGAUAAACAAGCAUCAGCAAAUCAAACAGCAUUGAAAAGUACUGCACACUGUACUGGCAAUGAAAAGCUACAGGACAUUGAUUCAAAUUUAUAUGAUGUGAAUAACUUCAGGUUUACAUAUGCCGUGUAUAAUGCAGUUUAUGCAGUGGCAAAUGCUUUACAUGACAUGAUGUCAUGCAAACCUGGUAAAGGCUCAUUUUCUAAUGGAAGCUGUGUUGAGAUGUCAGAUUUUAAACCAUGGCAGCUCCUCCAUUAUCUGAGGAAUGUCCGUUUUAAAAACCGUGGGGACGAGGAGAUUUAUUUUGAUCAGAACGGUGACCCUCCAGCAAAGUAUGAUAUUCUUAACUGGCAGAUUUCUUCAGACGGCACAAACAACUAUGUCAAAGUGGGACGUUUUGACAACACUGCACUUGAAGACCAGAAAAUGGUUGUUAAUGACAGUGCAAUCCAGUGGAAUUCAGCAUUUUCUCAGACUCCUACUUCUCUGUGCAGUGAAAGUUGUCACCCAGGGUUCUGGAAAGCUGUCAGAAGGGGAGAGCCCAUUUGUUGUUAUGACUGCUUACCGUGUUCAAAAGGAGAGAUGAGCAAUAACACUGAUGCCACUGAAUGCACAAAAUGCCCAGAAGACAAAUGGCCUGAUAAUAGGAGAGAGAGGUGCAUCCCAAAAGUAAUAGAGUUCUUGUCCUAUGAAGGCCCUCUUGGAAUGGCAUUAGCUGUAAUCCCAAUUUUUUUCUCACUAACCACGGUAUUAAUACUCACUGUCUUUGUUAAAAACAAAGACACUCCAAUAGUGAAAGCAAACAACCGUGAACUGAGUUACCUUCUCUUGGUGUCUCUCAUUCUGUGCUUCCUUUGUUCGUUGGUGUUUAUUGGUAAACCUAUGACAUUCACAUGUAUGGUUCGACAGCCAGCAUUUGGAAUAAUAUUUUCAGUUUGUGUGUCUUCCAUAUUGGCAAAGACAAUUACAGUUGUAAUUGCUUUCAAUGCAACAAAUCCCAACAGCAAGUUAAAGAAAUGGACGGGACCUAAGACACCAGUGUUGAUUGUCUUUGUUUGUUCACUCUCACAAACUCUUAUAUGUUUCUGCUGGGUGUUUCUCUAUCCCUCUUUUCCACAGUACAAUAUGAAAUCUCAAGAAGGAAAGCUAAUAAUUGAAUGCAAUGAAGGGUCAAUUGCUAUGUUUUAUUGCAUGUUGGCUUAUCUGGGCUGCCUUGCAUGUGUGAGUUUCACUGUUGCUUUUCUUGCUAGAAAGCUACCAGAUGGUUUCAAUGAAGCAAGGAAUAUCACAUUCAGUAUGCUUGUUUUUGUCAGUGUUUGGCUGUCUUUUAUCCCAGCUUACCUAAGUACUCAAGGAAAAUACAUGGCUACUGUAGAAAUAUUUGCUAUAUUGGCUUCCAGUGCUGGAGUGCUUGGCUGCAUAUUUUUACCGAAGUUUUACAUUAUUAUUUGUAGACCUGAGCAAAACACAAGAGCAUAUAUAGCAGGAAAACUCAAUAAGUAG